AACCCCACGUCCCUACUCCAGUACUCCCUACCGGCUCAAGUGCUCAACCCCUACGCAAUACGCAGCCUUGCCGAAAUUCUCGCAGAGUCGUAGCCGUCCUCUUCGCAGGUUCGCCGGAAUUCCGGAAAAAAGUUGGACGCCCAACGCCGCAUGCAAAGACAUAAGAUUAAGGAGAAUGGGCUACGCACAGCUGGUUAUUGGCCCUGCAGGCAGUGGAAAGUCAACUUACUGCUCAAAUUUGCAUCGACAUUGUGAAGCCACACGACGAACAAUCCAUAUAGUGAACUUAGAUCCUGCAGCAGAGAAUUUUGACUAUCCAGUGGCUAUGGACAUCAGGGAACUGAUUUCACUGGAUGAUGUUAUGGAGGAACUACAUCUAGGCCCUAAUGGUGGCCUCAUUUAUUGCAUGGAACACCUUGAAGAAAAUUUGGAUGACUGGCUAACAGAGGAAUUGGAUAAUUAUAUGGAUGAUGACUACAUAGUUUUUGACUGUCCAGGUCAAAUUGAACUCUUCUCACAUGUUCCUGUGCUAAAGAAUUUUGUGGAACAUUUAAAGCGAAAGAAUUUCAAUGUCUGUGUAGUUUACUUACUUGAUUCUCAGUUUAUCACGGAUGUGACCAAAUUCAUCAGUGGUUGUAUGGCUUCCCUCUCUGCAAUGGUUCAACUUGAAUUGCCACAUGUCAACAUUCUCUCAAAAAUGGACCUUGUGACAAAUAAAAAGGAUAUUGACAAUUACUUGAAUCCAGAGGCUCAGUUGCUAUUGGCGGAUCUGAAUCAACGCAUGGCUCCACAGUUUCAAAAGCUUAACAAAUCUUUAAUUGAAUUGGUGGAUCAGUAUAGUAUGGUCAGCUUUAUGCCGCUUGAUUUGAGGAAAGAGAGCAGUAUACAAUACAUCCUGGCACAGAUUGACAACUGCAUUCAGUAUGGUGAGGAUGCAGAUGUGAAGGUCAAAGAUUUCGCUGCUGAGGAGGAUGAUUAAAACCUUCCAAGUUUUUGGCGGUUUCGGAGAAGCUAAAAACGCUUUUUGAAGCCAUUGGGUGGCAACCCUAGUGAAAGAUGAACUACCGGUUUUGCAACUUUGUAUCCAAGUGUUGUUAUUUGUUGUUGAAUUUGGAAGAUGGAAUGGCCUGGCGGGUGGAGAAUAAAACCAUCCGCCAGUUAGGCGGAAGCAAUAAUGAAGAAUCAAGGAAUGGGAAAUGUAUAGAUAAUGUAUUAUCUAUCUGUGUUUCUAACAAAAAAA